AAAAAACUUUAUCAACCGAAGUCACCCGAUGUACCCACCAUGGCACCAAUGCGUUGGGAGCAUGGAUCUAUCCGACAUCCAGCUGCCCCGGAAAUUCUCGGCAUCGUGGCAAUUCAAGCUUCUGCGUCUGCGUCUGCGCCUCCUCUUUCUUCUUCUAGGGUUGUCAGUAUGGCCUCCGAUCAACAUUACAUUCCCAUGUUUUAAAAUCAAGUUCAGGUUUCGAUCAAUCUUCCCGACUUUUUUGUAAUUACAAAACAAUGGCCACCACAUUGAAGACAAUCUCUGCCGCUCUCAAACUCAUCGACACAAAGAAGGAUAACCUCAGGAAGGCCUAUGAUGAUCUCCAUGCUCACUCACAGCUCCUCUCUUCCUUCUCCCUCUCAUGGUCUGAAAUCGAUUCUCACUUCACUUCUAUCCAGAAUUCUCUUACUCAACGUUUUCAUCUCCUCGAGUCCCUCGAAUGCCAGGGUAGCCAACCUAGUUCAUCAACUUCACCCAUUCCCAUGCCUGCGCAGAAUCCAAAUGACCCGACCCAGACCACCAAAGAUCCGUUACCGUCAUCUUCACGGCCGUCAAGUCAAAAUCAAAAGCUCCCUGUUGAUCCAUCUGCAUCGCCGAAUCCACCGAAUCAAAAUGGAGCAAAUGUUGUACCCAAAAACUUCAUUGAAUCGAGUUCGGUGAUGCCUAGAUACGAGUUGAGUACUCUGUGCGAGAAGAUGGAUGGAAAGGGGUUGAGGCAGUAUGUUAUUGUUCAUGCGAAAGAGAAGACUGCCAUUCAGGCCGAGCUUCCAGGGGCCUUACGCUGUGCUCCAGACCCAGCUGCGAUGGUUCUGGAUUCUCUUGAUGGGUUUUAUGGGGUAACUGACCCAAGGGAUAUGGAACAACGUAAGUUUAGGAGGGCCUGCAUUGUAUUAAUGGAACAGUUGAGGGUUUUAUCUCCAAAUAUAGGAUUCAAAGUGAGAGAACGAGCCAAGAUGGUGGCCUCAGAGUGGAAAGCAAGUUUGUGGACCGAUGGCGCAAAGACGUUAGAGGCAUUGGGCUUUUUGCAUUUUGUGGUGGCAUAUGGGUUGCUUUCUGAAGUCAGCAUGGAUGAACUUGUUGAUUUCACUGCUAUGGCUGCUAACAACGAUGAGGUUCCCCAGCUAUGCCGAACUAUUGGUUUGACAGAGAAAAUUCCUGAUCUUGUUCAGAAACUUGUUGAUAAGGGCAAGCAUGUUUUGGCUGUCAAGUAUAUCUUUGAGUUUAGUCUUGCUGAGAAGAUCCCACCAGUUCCCAUCCUGAAAGCUUGUGUGGACGAGGCUAAUAAACUUGCUAAAAGACUUCUCCAGGAAGGGAAAUCACUGAAUGAGGCCACAGCAAGAGAAACUCAUGCUCUGAAAUCAGUAAUAAAGGUUAUUGAGAGUCAUAACCUUGAAUCUCAAUAUCCACCGGCAAUCCUUGAGCAGCAAAUAGUGCAACUGAACAUGCAGAAGGCAGAUAGGAAACGUGCUCCACCACCUUCUGUAAAGCCUCCUCCUGAGUCUAAGCCUCAACAGCAGCAAAAGACAAAGAAGCAGAAGCAGCAGCAGCAAAUUGGAAAGAAGCACCCUCAUCCUCAGACAUCAGCCCAACUUGGUCCUAUGGCUGUCCAGAAGAUUGUUUCUGUUGCCAAUUCAGCAUUGCACCAGUACCAACAGCCUCUGGUCCAACCUACAGGUUUGUUGCCAGAACAAUUGAAUUCAUACAUGAGCUCACAAGCUGUGCCAUAUGGAAUGGUGGGUCAAACCUCCACCGUUUCUCCCUAUACAGGUCCUUCUGUUGGGCCUUACGGUUUUGCUGGUGUCCCAAUGGGGUCCAGUGGCAAUCCAACUCCAGGUGGUUCACACCUAUAUUCAGAGCCAAAUUUGCAGUCUGCAUAUUAUGACAGAACCACUACUUAUAGUGGUUAUGGUCUUCAACAAUAUUACCAGUCUCUCUAUCCUCAAUAGUUCAGGGAUUUGCUUCUAAUUGCACUGAACUCUUGGGGUGGUAUUACAGUCUCUUUCUGACUUUGCACUGCUGGUGUCUGGUUACCAGUAUCACCGUGAUCAAAAGACAGGAAUUAGAUUCAGUAAUUAAGAAUUGUGAGGGAAUGCAUAGUUUCACAAUUUUGAUUACUUGAAUCAGUUUGUAUCUAGUAGAUUACUUUUAAGUUAUGGUCUGCCAAACUUCUCUGCUCUUUUCUGAAUGGAAAUUGGCGCUAGGAUUUUAAAAGUAAGAGCUCCAUGGAUAGAACCAUUUUAUAUUUAUAUUAGCUAGUUUUGCUUGAGAAUCACUUACCAAGUGAGUCUCCCGCUGGCUCACUGUAACAUAUAUUUUCAUCAGCAAGGCCAAAAGUAUAAAAAGAUCAUUUUGUUUAAAGGCUAGCAAGGGUAGAACUUUGUCAAAAUUUCUAUCUAUGCUCGAAGCUACCUGAAUGUUGCUUCCCUUUAUUCUUGACUUCCUUUGGUUGUCUCUGCCUUUAAACAUAGGUUACCUUUAUAUUUUCCUCCUUUGACAUCAAAUUCCCAAAAGAAAUAUGGUAAUUUGUUUCCUAUAA